AUGUCGGGCAUUCAACCUGUCGCGCUCUACACCUUGAAGGUGCCUGCGGGCGAUAUCAUGGUCCCUGCCGUGCCUGCCUUUGCUGCCAUGUUUCGUCUGUCCAUGGCCGCCAUUGAUCCCAGUGCUGAACCUGAACUUGAAGACCCCGACGACAAACGCCCUCCUCGCGCCACCCUCAAACUGAUUCGCGUCCCAGAGGGCCUGCUUGAUGAGGGUGACAGUGAUGAAGAUGAAGAUUACGACGACGAAGACGACGAGGACGAUGAGGACGACGAGGAAGUCAAUGGCGGUCCGAGCGAGAAGAAGUCCAAAGCCAACGGUGGCGAGGAUGACGAUGACGAUGAGGAUAUGGAAGAUGAAGACGACGAGGACGAGGACGAGGACGAUGCAGCAGCCAUUGCAAGACUGUCCGCGCUUAUGAAGAGCGCCAAAGGAAAAGGGAAGGCCAAAGCCCUGGACGGCGAGGACGAUGCCGACGACGAAGAAGAUGAAGACGAUGAGGCUCUCGAAUUGGAUGAAGUUGUGGUCUGCACCCUCGAUCCCGAAAAGGCAAGUCACCUCCACUGGACUAACUACCAACAAACCCUGGACUUCGUUGUCGGUGCAGGCGAGAAGAUCUUCUUCAAGGUUUCCGGUGCAUACACGGUCAACCUCACGGGAAACUACGUGAUCCCUCAACAGGAGCACCCUGAUUUCCCGUCUGAUGAUGAAGAAGAUGAUGAGGAGGACGACUAUGACUUGUCUCCCGACGAGGACGAGAUCCUUGCCGCUCUCGAGGACGCCGAUGAAGAUUCUGACGCGCUUGAUGAUCUUGAGGACCCCCGCAUCACGGAAGUGGACGAGGACGAUGAAAUGGAAGCCCUUGAGGCCAUCAAGCUGCUUGGCAAAGGCAAGAACAAGCGUCCUGCCGAAGAGGACGAGGACGAGGACGAUGAAGAGGACAACCUCGAUGACAUUGUCGCCAAAUCGCUCAAGAAGGAUGCCAAGACAGCAGACGCGGCCGCAGCGAUCAACGGCGGGGCACCUGAGAAACUCAGCAAAGCCGAGAAGAAGCGUCUCAAGAAACUGAAGAAGAACGAUGGUGAGGCUGUGGCUGUCGGAGCCCCGGCCGCCGCAGGCAAGAAGGACGCCGCGCAGACAAAUGGCGGCUCUGAGAAGAAGGUCCAAUUCGCCAAGAACCUGGAACAAGGCCCAACUCCGUCGGCGACCCCCCCUGCGUCUGCCAAGGCAGAUAGCAAGGAGAAGUCAGGCGCCUCCGGCCCUGCCUCUCUGAGCGUCAAGGAGUGUCAACGCGUUUCCAUCGAUGACCGCAAACUUGGCAGCGGGCCCGCGGCAAAGAAGGGGGCGCGUUUGGAGAUGCGUUACAUCGGCAAGCUCGACAACGGCAAGGUGUUUGACAGCAACAAGUCCGGCAAGCCGUUCAGCUUCAAGCUCGGCGCCGGUGAAGUGAUCAAGGGCUGGGACAUUGGUCUCCAGGGCAUCCAGGUCGGUGGGGAGCGAAGACUGAUCAUCCCGGCGCAUCUGGCAUAUGGCAACAAGGCGAUGCCUGGGAUCCCCAAGAACAGCAAGUUGACGUUCGACAUCAAGUGCUUGGCCGUGAAAUGA